UACAAAAAAAAAAAAAAAAGGACGUCAGAAACUGCAUUGCAUGGUUCCCACUCGCCAACGGCUAAAUAUUCAAACGGCUCAUUUUGACUAGACCAUUAACAGCCAAACACAAUUUAAUUAAUAGUAAUUAAGUGCGUUUACCAAAAAGCGCGACAUCUGUGUACAGUCACCAUUUAUUUAUAGUUCAAAAACGAAACUAUAGCUUUUUAAACUCUUUACCAAUUUCACUUUUGGCCACGGAAGUUUAUCUUUCUUGGGAACCUCAACAUCUAUCAUCCUCUGUUUUGACACCUCAUUUCUUUAUUACCUUAUCUUACGGGCAUGUUCCGAAGUUUAAGGGACAAAACAGAGCGAUUUUAGGACUCACAACAUUUUAUCGGUGGAGGCAAUAAGGAAAAAAACAAAUAAAAGUCUUAUAGUACUAAACAGAUAAGCACAUUACUGUUUCAUUGGUUUUGUUUCUUCCUUCUUCAUCGUUUCGGUCAUCUUGUCUCAACCGCUUGUUCUGUUCUGUUCUUCUGUUUCUUUUCUCUGUUUUUAUUACGAGAAAAAUCAGUAUCUUCACUAAUCCAAAACGAUUUCCUCUUCCCUUUUUAGUUCUUGUAGAGAGACGGAAAAGAAACAGAGCUCCUUCCAUCGAUUACAAAGAGACUCGAAUGUGUAUUUGAUAUUGUGUUUGUUGAUUUCAUUACAAAUGGCGUCUUCGCAGGUGGAGAUUCCGUCUCCGUCUCAACGGUUCGGUUUUAUCCAUAGAGAUCGUAGUCAAACCCCCAUCGUUUACAAGAAAGCUCCGAACCAUCAUCAUCAACCUGUGUCGGACGAGAAUUCGCAGAACUUGGUGGAUUCUUGGAUCCAGACUCUUAAUAAAAAGAAAGAUAACAACAAGUCAACAGAGAAACCAAUUGCUCUUGAGAAAUCUGAUGAAUCGAACAGAAACGGAGCUUCCUCUCUUGUACAGAUAUGGGAGGCGAGGUUGCUGAACCGAUCCACUUCGCCUAGUCAUAACCAAUCUCCGGUUAAUAGCAGCCGGAGCGAUUCAGGAGUCAGUGUUCAAGAUUCUCGUUCUUCAAAAUCUCCAUCGAUCGAAUCUGAAGCUGAGAUUAGUGACGUGGAGAUCGAAUCUCGGUCGCCCGGCGGUUCGGUUUCCGAUUCAUGCCGAGUCGCUGACUUGAUCCGGAGGCUGAGCAAGGAAGCGAAGGUGAUCUCCGGCGGUGGACUCUCGACGAUCAGAACGCCAAGACCUUGCGUUUCGUCUUGGUCGUCGUCGGAGAAAAGCAGUUUCCCGAUGGUGACACCGAGAAUCCGUGGACGGCAAGCGUUUACGGAUCUGCUUAUGCACAUGGAACGCGAUCGCCACCGCGAGUUGGAUUCGCUUCUUGAACGCAACGCUGUUUCUAGGUUUACUCAACGUGGCCGCCUCCAGUCAAUGUUAAGGCUGAGGAACCUCAAACGCUGUCAAGCGGUUCAAGAUCAAAACCGAUCUAACUCAAAAUCAACUGGAUUGAACCGUAUAGGAUCUGGAGGUGGCUCUUCAGUUCUGCAUUUAAGGGAGAGAUUUCGUGCUGAUGUGGAUAAGAGGAAGGAUAAUCAUUUUAUGAAUAAGAAAACCGUAGAAGAAACAGAAGUAACUAGUGAUAACAAGACAAUGAAAAACGGCGGUCUUACACUGGAGGCCUUUUUCAAAGAGAGGUUGAGUCUCCCUAACCCUAACUUAGAGAAAGCAACUUUACGUAAGGGAGAAGAAACUGUUAAUGGAACAGUUGGUUCAAAAACCAAUUGCCUUCAGCUGCAAGAAACAAUAGAAAUAGAAGAAGUUUGCUGCGAUGACGACGAUUCUGACAAGAAAGAAGAAGAGAAGACAAGCCCUAGCGCCUGCGUAGAUCAAGAAACUCAACCGCAAAGUGUGGCACCUGAGAGUAUUGAGGUUGAUCAGUGCCUUGAGCAACAAGAAACGUCUUACCUAAAUGGAUGGGAAGACGAAGAAGAGUAUGAAGAAGAUGAGCAAUCUUACUACUACGGAGAAACCAACAAUGACUGGCUUCACGAAAUAUCUCGGCCGAGAAGUUACUGGGAGGAGCUGAGGAAGACGCGGUACCUGGAAGUUAUGAACACUCGGUCUGAGAAAGAGGACAUACGUAGACUACUUGAGCGAGGACCGGUCACAGACUUUCUCCAGAGCGGGUUAAGAGAUCAGAUCGAUAGGCUCAUGAUGUCUCGUGUGCAGACACAUUCGAACAAACAUUCUGAAAAAUGGGAAUUGCAACAUGAAGAAGAAGAGGAAGAACAUAGAAAUGAAAAUGUGGAGGAAACUGAAGAAGAAGAAGAAGAAGAAGAAGAAGAAGAAGAAGAAGAAGAGCCAUUUACUGAAGAAGGUGAAGAGCAAGACGAUGGAGAUGACUCGUCUUCUUCGCCGAUCUUUGCAUCGUCUCCUGCAGGAUCAUGGAGUUGUCAAGACACUGAAGUAACUUCAACUCCUGUCUUGUCUGUUCACAACCCUCCGUCACCUGAAAUGGAGCUGAUAAGCGAAAUGAGAACACAGAUCCAACAACUUCAACAAGAAAUGUCGUUACUACGAGAUUCUGUGAAAACAUGUUUGGAUACUAACGCGAGCUUGGUUCACCGAGAAAACCCAAUGAAACGCAAAUGCUGCGUCUGCGACGAAACGCAGGUGGAAGCGGUUUUGUACAGGUGCGGACAUAUGUGCACGUGCUUGAAAUGUGCCAAUGAACUACACUGGAGUGGAGGGAAAUGCCCGAUUUGCAGAGCUCAGAUUAUGGACGUUGUUCGUGUCUUCUUCGAUACAAGAAACUGAAAUAAAACACAUGACGAGUUCACUAACCUAGAACACUUUCUGUUUUACUCUUAUCGCAUGACGUUGUUCGUAUAUGUUGUCUGGUAACGUUUUCAAAUAUUGUAUAACGAAAGGAUUUGUCCCGUUUAAUGAAAUUUUUCGUCUUCUAAGCCAA